UCACAAGAAAGAAGUUCUUUGGGACGUUGGAAACCUAUUGAUAGAUUAUUGUUUCCGGAUGAAUUCAGGAAUCCCAGAACAGUCACACACUGUGAUGUUACUGUCAACAAAUUGGAAGGGUGGAUUUCCACACCAAAUUACCCUUUGGAAUAUGAUGAUCUUCGAUCUUGUACUUACAUCAUCCAGCGUUUCAGUAACGACAUCUGUGCAGUAGACAUGAUAAUUGUUGAUUUUGAUUUGGAGGAGACCACUGGUUGUCGGGGAGAUUAUCUUGAUCUGAACGUGGAGAUUUCUGGUCAGAAAAUAUGCGGUAGUUUAAUGUCUGGGACCGAGAAGAAACUGAAGUUUUUACCAGGGAAGAGAAGUUUGACGUUGCAGUUUAAAAGCGAUGGAGUUAAUCACCGAAAAGGAUUCAUGAUACAACUGAAACAAAUCCGAAACUCUUGUUCAGACGAAGAUAUUAGAACAUUAGGAGGGCGCGACUGUGAUCAGCACAUUGACAGAUUUAUCGACCGAAUUACAACGCCCGGUUUUCCUGGACGUUAUGGGCCAAACCAAGAAUGUGUGUUCUCCAUUCAUCGUGCCGAUUCUCACAUCUGUCAGGUGGAGCUCGAGUUUCGAGUAUUUGACCUGGAACCAAGCUGGGGUCGUUGCGAUAAAGACUUUCUGGAGCUCCCGAACAGAUCUCGACUCUGUGAUGGAAGACACAAAGACACACAAAGAUUUGACUUUCCUCACGAUAAAAACGUUUUGAUAAUGAAAUUUGUUAGUGACAGCUAUGGAUCAGGAACUGGUUUCGACAUAGUCGUUCGUCAACUACGGGAGUCUUGCCGAUUGGCAGUUGUACCGCCCUCUAGAAGGCGCUGCGACCUUGAGGUGGUGACAGUAAGUGGAAGAUUAUUAUCUCCUGACUUUCCUAACGAUUAUGGUCCUAACGAAAAAUGCAUAUUUAGUAUUCGACGUGCGGAUCCUACGAUAUGCUCUGUCGUCUUGGAUAUAAACAAAUUUGAUUUAGAAAGCAGUAUCGGACGCUGUAAUAAAGACUAUUUGGAGCUUCCUGAUCUCACUCGCAUAUGUGGUACAUAUAACGGAAAAAGUGGUGAUGGAUACGGAUCCGGUAAAGGGUUUGAGAUUUAUGUCAAUCAGAUGCUUGAUUCAUGUGGAGGAUCUCCGUCGUCCGGUAAAUGCAAUCAGGAAAUUGCAUCAUAUAUAGGAAUUUUUAGUUCGCCAUCUUACCCGAACGACUACAGCGCCAACCAGCGGUGCACUUACACACUACGUAAAGCGGAUUCAUCCGUUUGUGUUGUGGAAUUAGAUUUUCAUCAAUUUGACAUCGAAUUUUCGCGAGACAAGUGUUCACGUGACUUUCUGGAACUUCCUGACGGAACUCGUCUCUGCGGAAUGAUUUCUGGAAGUAGGUUAGUGGAGUUUCCUGUUGGGAGUGAUUCAGCAACCUUUACGUUCUACAGUGACAACUACGGUUCAGGUCGUGGCUUCGAGAUUUCAGUGGUUCAACGAAAAAGCAGCUGUGGUUCAGUACCAAAUGUCCAGUGUAAUCAGGUAAUCACAGAAGAAAAGGACAAUAUCCGGACACCAAACUAUCCUGACGACUAUCCUCCUGAUGCCAGAUGUGAGUACGAAAUAAGGCGGUUGACGUUGUCCACGUGCAAUGUACAGCUGGAAUUCUUGGAGUUUGAUGUAGAAGCCGAUCAAGGUUGUAAGGCUGACUUCCUGGAGAUCGAGUCCACAAAAGAGCGACUGUGUGGUUAUCAGCAGCAGCCAAUCAGAG